GAGUCCUGGAAGGCGGCUUGCCUCAGGAUCAGCUUUCCUCUCCUUUUGUUGAGGAGGUGCUAAAUAAUUUGGGAAUACACAUCCUACACAGUUUGACGGCAAUCUGCUCGCUUUCGGACAGUCCAUAUCCUAAUAGUUCAUCAAUUCAUCUAUAUUUUCUGAUUGACACUAAAGCAGAUACCUUUAUUUGCCACAUUGCUAAAAAGUUUAAUCGUCCUAUGGCUAUGUUGUAUUUGUCGAUCAGCUUGAAGCAAUUACAAUUACAAUUCUAAAUGUUUUUUAACCAUCAGCAAACAUCUUACCAGAGAUCUAAUCAGGAAGAAGACAUGGCAUCAAUUGGUGAAGAAGACACACAACAAGUAACGGAAUACUUUUAGGUUCCAUUAAACUUUGAUGCCUGCUUUAGAUUUGCUGAGACCAUUUCAUUUCUAUGUUGCAGAGCAUCUCCUCAGGUGCAAUAGGUGUGCAAUUUUUACACCCUGGGGUCAAAAAAAAUUCUAACCACAGCUGGAGAAGAUGGUUUCAGGAUUUUCAGGGUGUUUAAGGACAAGAUCACAUGUUCUAAAGAAAAUUGAACAUAAAAUGGAGUUGGUUCCUUUCUGCAAUCAUCUACAAGCCUCAGCGGACGUCAGCUUACUGGAGACUGGGAAUGGGUACCUCUGAGUCCUCAAUGGCCUGGCUCUGUCCCAUGACAGUAAGCCAUGCCCAGGUGCCUAUAUGGUCUGCUUUUGGUCCUUGUGAUGACUCCUCUAGUUUCCCGGGUGGCUUCCAUCUGCCCUCCAGGAUGUUGCUGCCCACACCCAAGGUCUCUGGUUCUCUGUGAAUCCCUGGGCCUUCAGAACCUGCCACGUGCCAUUCCCCUCAGCACAUCUGUCCUCUCCAUGGCCAAUAACCGGCUGUGCAAUGUGGACCACCUGCUCCGAGUUUUCGCCGACCUCCGGGAGCUGAGCCUCGGCCACAACCGGCUGCCCCGCUUCCCCCGGGGCCUGCCCCCCAGCCUUCAGUCUCUGCAGCUGAGGGAGAACCACAUCACAUACCUGACAGCAGGUGGACUGCGACAGUUGGGAAACCUAACCAGGCUAGACCUGGAGGACAACCGCAUCCGUUUCAUACAGCCUGGUGCACUUCUGCGACUGACAAAGCUGCGGGUUCUGAGCCUGAAGGGGAACCGCCUGUUGGACCUUCCACGCUCCCUCCCCUCCUCUCUGGCCCACCUUGACCUGUCUGCCAACUGUGUCUCAUCUCUGGAUCUCACAUCCCUGGCCCCCCUUGUGAACCUGCAGGUGCUGAAGGUCAAUAGCAACUGCCUGAAGUCAGUGCCUGUGGGCGCCUUUGACGGGCUGCCCCGCCUCCAGACCAUUGCCCUGGCUGACAACCUCUGGGUAUGCGAAUGCAACAUCUUCUAUCUGUACAGGUGGCUCCUGGAUGGCAGGUUGAGGAUGGCCACAGACCUGGUUUGUGCCGCCCCUGUCCACUUGGCCCGACGUUUGCUCCUCACUCUGUCCAUCACAACCAUCUGCCCCUGGGUACUGAAGCCAAAUGACACCAGGGUUCCCCCAGAUACUAGAGUGCCCUAUAAACCACUGGACAGUCAGGCAGCUCUACCUGGGACUGACAGCAUGUCCGUAUCCACAACAACCAGGCCAUUCUUGGCAUCCUUUAGACAACCAGCCAAAGCGUCACAGACACCAGCCAUGACUGAUGACCACACCUGGCACAUUCGUCAAGGCCUCUUGGCUGCCCACCUCCCGGUCGAAAGCUAUGUGUUGGAAGAGCUGAGCUACAAGGACUGCUUGUCAUUGAACUCAACUCCACAACCUGUCCUCCAAGUGGACAGCUCUGUGGCCCACAAGGACACCACAUGCACAGAGAACACUGUGGGUCACUAUACAGACGCUGACAGCACCACCACAGGGCCUGCCAGUCCUGCCCUCCCUACGGACAAGGCCGGCCCACAGCCCAUUACCCCCAUCUGGCCUGUGAGACUGCAGGAGUCCAAUGCAAUUUUGGCUAUGCUGGUCACUUUGUGUGUGCUGGUCAUCCUGGUUCUGCUCCUACUUUUACUUCUCCUGCGGAAGGUCUUGCGGAGGAACCAGAGAGUGGCCCCCAUUCAGAACUCUUGACUCUGAAAAGACUCCAAAGUCACCUGGCUAACAAAAAUAACAGAAUUGCAAAAUAACAGAGAACAAUUGCUGUUUAUCAUAAACAUUUAACAAUUUGAUGUGACUUUUUGAAGCACCUCAAUGAAUUAGAAUGCAUGUCACAAAGAGAAAUGAGGAGUUCUGAAAUGGUAGUAA